AGAACCCGGGCCGUCCGUUCAUAUACGGGUUCAGCCCCCAGCACCGAACCGCCCGGAAAAAGUCUUCGCCCCGCUCCUCUCCGACUGCCUCCGGCGAGCGGCGAUGGCCAUCUCGCUCCCGCCGAUCGACUGGGAGGUGGAGAGCUACCCCGCCUACGCCGACUUCGCGGGCAUCCCCUUGUUCGUCGUCUUCUUCCUCGUCGUCCGUUUCCUCAUCGACCGCUUCGUCUUCGAGUGGUUAGCCAGGAAGCUGAUUUUCAAGAAGGGGGAUGAGAAGCUUGAUCCUACCACAUAUGCAGGCAAGAGAAAGAUCAGGAAAUUUAAAGAAUCGGCUUGGAAAUGCAUUUAUUUCCUUUCUGGGGAGCUAUUGGCAUUGUCUGUGACAUAUAACGAACCAUGGUUCACAACCACAAGAAAUUUCUGGGUUGGGCCGGAUGACCAGGUCUGGCCAGAUCAAAAAAUAAAAUUAAAACUCAAGGUGGUCUAUAUGUAUGUUGCUGGUUUUUAUACAUACUCAAUAUUUGCCCUUUUGUUUUGGGAAACAAGGCGCUCGGACUUCGGUAUUUCAAUGACUCAUCAUGUAGCAACUGUUUUUCUGAUAGCACUGUCUUACAUAUUCAGGUUUGCUCGGGUGGGUUCAAUUGUCCUUGCCAUUCAUGAUGCAAGUGACGUGUUCCUGGAGCUAGGAAAGAUUUCCAAGUACAGUGGCCGCCAGUUACUUGCAGAUACUUCAUUUCUUCUUUUCGUCAUUUCUUGGGUAGCCCUUCGCCUUAUAUACUAUCCAUUCUGGAUUCUCUGGAGCACAAGCUAUGAAGUUGUUCUAACUCUUGACAAGGAGAAGCAUAAAUUUGAUGGGCCAAUAUAUUACUAUGUGUUCAACAGCCUUCUCUUCUCUCUCCUUGUUCUACAUAUAUAUUGGUGGGUCUUAAUGUAUCGAAUGCUCGUGAGGCAAAUACAGUCUAGAGGGCAUGUUGGGGAUGAUAUACGUUCUGAUUCUGAAGGUGAAGAGGAACAUGAGGAUUGAUUGAGCUAUGCAAAUUCUGAAGGUGAAAAGGAAAAUGAGUAUUGAUUGAGAUUUGUAAAUUCUGAAGGUGAAAAGGAACACGGGAAUGGAUUGAUCCGUGUAAAUUCUGAAGGUGAAAAAGAACAUGUCACGCUGGGACCAUUGCUCUGUUUUGCUUUUGUUCUGCCUCUUUGUAGGUAAUAAUGCAUUAAUGCCCAUAUCUAGGUGAGCAUCGCAGAUAGAUGUCUCUUGGGCAUUGCCCAUUUAUGUAAAAUUAGGUCAAAUUGUGUAGCACCUACACACCAAUUAAUGGAAAGCAUUACUUAUGUA